AUGAGUCAGGAAUCUAAUGAUGACUCUCUUGGUAUAGAUAAACUAAGCGUGGAUUAUGACUAUCUAUUGUACAAGAUUGCAGAUUACGUCUCAUCAAUCGAAUUCCAAACCAAUCAAAUCUGUAAAAGACAAAAUGAAUUAAUCACCAAGGACAUAGUAAAUGGAAUUGUCGAUGAAAAUAUCAAGCAUUUCAGAGAAAUUUUAACUAAGUGUGAAAAGUUGGAGAAUUAUUUUGACAUGUUAGAUCAAAUUAAUAUGAUUACAGAAAACUUUAAAACGAGAUUAGCGCAAGUGGCUAGAGAUUAUAAAGAAUUGCAAAAGCCCUAA